AUGGACUUCCCAGCAGCGCGUCGGAAGAUGAAUACAUAUGGCAAAGGGGCGAGGAAGAUUUUCGUCCAUGAUCUAUUUGAUGCCGGUGCGUUACCAUCACACGACGUAAAGCGCUCAACGACGGAUUUAUCGGCACCAACCCUACCAGAGCAGACUAUCGACACAUCUUCAGGCGGACAGACUGAAUGCGCAGUUGGAAAAGCAAAGGAAUCUAUUUCUAAUGAUCAGACAGAAACAAGCAAAACUACGUCUUCGAGCGUAAACAGUUCACCGCCAUUGUCGCCGAAGGAGAUGUCGAAACUGUCAAUGUUCGACAUCCAAUCCUCCGAGGACGAAACAUCGAGAAUCAAAGCCAGGCCGCCCUCAAAGAAGAGAAAAGUGAUACCAAAUGAAUUGAAGACAAAGAAUGGUCCUAGACCCGGAAGAUUUGAUGUUGAAUCAACACUCCAAAAAGCAUUGAAAGGACAGCCGACGAUGACAAAGACCUCGCGCCAUCUAGGUGGAAGUAAGGAAAUGCAAAGGGCCUCCUCGAAGACUUCCAGCGCAAUGCAAGCUACAGGAAGCACAAAGUCGAACAAAAGGACCCGUAGAUUGAAGCUCGCCCCGGAAGCACCGACGGAAAGGGAAGGCACACGAAUGCUGAGAAGACCAGACAGAAGUGCUCGUGGGAAAAUGUCACGCCCCAGAAUCCAGCGAGUUAGCAGUGGUUCUUCUGCACAACUUUCAGAUGACUCCAUCCCAUCACGCUUGUCACGCCAGAGCACUCCAAAGCGGAAAAGAGAUGUUUCAGAUGAUGGCGUGGUGAAUUCACCAAGCCCCAGUGAACUCCAGAUGAAGUCUUUGAGAUUGACACCGGAGAUCCAUUCGCCGAAUUUUAAAAUUUCCACUUCUGAUGAAGAAAUGACAGAGCCGAAACCUCCUGUCCAGGGCCCACGCAGAGGCCGGACGAGGCUUAUUGAUAGACUGGAUGCCCCUCGCGCCCAGAGUAUGGACAAAGCAACAGCGGGGCCCCCGUUGUUCUCAGAAGAAAUGUCAAAGCCUUCUCUCAGCCAACCUGUUAGCGGCACAGCCUCACCUCGUAACGUCCAUGUGGAUUUCUCGUCGGGCACUUCAAACGCGGAUAACCAGCCCCCAGGAGGACCAGUUGUGGGCCCACCACCUCGCCAGCGUGCAACUUAUGCAAGGCAACGGUCCCACCUUAGCGACAUGGUGGACAGCUUGGACAGCCAUUCUUCGUCACAACCAACCUUUUCUCAGCAAGGAUCUUUCACUAGUUUAGCGUCACAUAUGGAACUGGACAUGGAAGAUGGUGACGAAGCAGAGGGUUUUAGUCAGAUCAAAAGCAUUCACGAAUUAAGAAGAGGAGGCGCUAUCAGGAAAUUCGACCUUGACUUGCAUACCAUUUUAGAAGAUAUCGAAUCAGAGUCGAAAUCAUUACGCAUCCAAGGCCUAUUACAACUCAUCACCAAACUCAAAGACCUCACUUUCUUGCGACAUUUCCAGGAUUCUGGUAACUUUCAGCGCUUGACGGAAUGUGUGAAGGAGGGAACGGACGGCAUUACGGCUACGUUGAUUGCAUUAGUCUUUCUGGAUAUGAUAUCUGCUGGGCAUUCAUCUCCCAAGGCCUUGUCACAGAUUCUGAGGGCGCUAUAUCGCACUCCCGCACAACUGAUCUCAGAACGAAGGUCACUGUCUAACUUGGCAAAAUAUCGAACACAGAAUAUCUCCAAAAUCCUGGUUAGAGACAUCACAGGAUUUGAGGAGCAAAGAUCAAAAGAUACUAAGCAGUCUGGCCUCUUCGUCGGCCUGAUCGUCCUCAGAUCCAUUGAGGGAACUUUGCGGAAUCUGAUCCAUCUCAAGGAGGAAUUUCCAAGGCUUCCUCCGCUGCUGCUUGAUGAGAUUCUCUCGACGUUCAUGGAAACCCCGGGGGACGUGGUUGAAGAUGGCAGACGAGAGAAUCACGUGGAAAGAGUGCAACUAUUACUCUCAUUGUUGGAGAUUGCCUGCGCCAAUCAUCAAUUGGCUUGGGAUGACCUAUCGACAUUUCGUGUCCCCGAGCUCGGGGAUAGCGUGGCAGGUGUCAUGCUCAGUGCUCGCCAUGACCAACCACAGAUCGAACACUCAUGCCUUCGACUAAUUGUGAGCCUAAGCAACAACGAACCGAAUAUUUGCGAAGCACUCACGGAUGGGAGACUCAUCACGACCGUUUUCCAAGUCAUCGAUGACCACUUCUUGCGGCUGGCGGGCCUCGCGGCCCGGGAGCAGGAGUUUGAUCAUGCACAGCUCGAAUCUGUCAUUUUAGCAGUUGGCUGUCUCUUGAACCUUGCCGAGUGCGCAGAUGCAGCCAGGGAGAAGAUGUUGGAGUUGGUCCCGGGUGGUAAGAGCCUGGUUGAUCGACUGGUGGCCAUAUUUAAUAGCCAUGUUGACCAAACCUCUGAGGCCUUGACCAUCGAUCAGACACAAAUCUUGGUGGCAUUUGGUUAUAUUUCGGCGUUGUUGUGCACCUUGUGCUUGAACUUGCGAGCUUGCCAGCGGAUCUCACAAUCCAUCAAUGGGGAGGGACUUUCACAGUUGUUCGAGGCAGCAGAUAUUUUUGUCGACCACCUGCAGACGGUUGAAACUGCUCUUGGAGAUGAUGGGGGCCCGUCAUCAGGAUUUACGGCACGAUUCUCAGCUGUCCUUGCGACGAUCAAGCUGCAGGUGGCAUGA